ACACGACCCAACCUUCAUCCCGAUCGCCAACGGUCCUUCGCCGAACAAGCGUAAUCGCACGCGCGCGAAAUAAAAAAGAGAGAGGGAAGACAGAGAAAGGAGAGACAGGGAACCUCCCCCGCGUUCUUUCGUUUCUCCGAUCGAUCGCGCCCGAUCAAAUUGUUUCGCGCGAACCGGUGAGAAGAGCCGAUCCCGCAGGAGCAAGAGAAGCCGUGAAGAAGAAGUCGCCACUGUGCCCGACGCCAACUCGACUGGCAAGAGUUUCCACGUUUACACGGAGGAGAGAAAAAAAGACAUAUCACGAUGAUAAAGUUCGCUGUGGUAACGAUGGUAUGCCUCUUGGGGCUGAAGAUGAUCGCCGCCAUGCCAGUGGCCGAUCAUCAUGAGGGCCAUGUGCCGCAACCGGUUGCACCCCUCGAGGAAAAGGCCGCGGCGGAAUCCCUGAAGGCGGCGGAAUCGGGACCCGUGCAGAGCAGCGCACCGGCGGAACCCGUGGCUAGCCAGCCGGUACAGCCGGUGGCUGAGCAACCUGUCGCGGCUGCCGAGCCGGCCGUGAGGAGCGAAUCCGUCAACGAGGAGGCGGCUCAGCAGCCGGCCGAGGUGAAGAAGGACGAGCCGCUGCAGCCGCAGCAGCCGAAAUCAGUGCCCGAGGAGGUUCAAGUGCAGCCCAAGUCCUCCGAGGAACAGCUCGAGGAGAAGGAAGAGCCAAAGGUGUUGGCCACCGCCGAGGCCGAGAAGAAACAAGAACAAGAGACCCUCAAGGAAGCACCGUCCGAGACGAAGGAGUCCGUGCAACCCGCGCCACAGGAGCAACCGGCUGAGGGUUCCCUUCUCCCAGUCGAGAAGAAAGAGGAACAUGUAGCCGUCGAAGGUAAGAGCGCAGAGACGGUCGAACCCGCGGCCGAGAAGCCUGUAGCCAUUGAGAAGCGCGCUGACGACGCCGUCGAGAAGAUCGCUAAGGAAGAGCCUAAGGAGGAGAAGAAGCUGGAGGAGCCGCAGCCGCUGCCAGCCCUGAAGAAGGAAGAGCCCGCGGAGAUUCCCGCGGUCGCCGCCACCGAGGAGAAGAAGGUCGAAGCGAAGGCCGAACAUUCGAAGGACUCCGAGGGCCACUCGCUCGCCCACGCCAAGGUCGAGGAGAAGCCCGACCGCGUGACCCGUGACGCCGAGGAAUCCGCUGCGCCCGCCGCCGCUGCCGUCUCUGCCGCCGCGGAUGCGGCCCCCGUCGCUCAGGAACCCGCGGUCCCGCAGCCGCAGGAGAAAUCCGCGCCUGCCGCCGAGGCCGAGCAGCCCGUAGUGCAAGCAGCCGCGCCGGUCGAGGAGCCGAAACCGGCCGAGAAGAGCGAGAAGGUCGAGAAGAGCGAGCAGCUGGAGGCGGCACCCGCCGAGCAGCCGGCUGUCAAGGUCGAGGAACCGGUCAAAAGCGAGGAGAAGGUAGUCGCCGAGGUGGCUGCCGAGAAGGAGGCCGAGAAGGAGGCGAAGAGCGCCGACUCUCCUGUUCUUCAGCAAGCGGAGGUGGCCAAGGAGCAGCAGCAACCCGUGCAGCUUCAGGAAUCCAGCCAGAUUAAGCGAGACGCGGCGGAGGCGGCCGUGCAGCCUCAGGCCAAAUCGGACCUCCCAGCCGAGGAGCAGCAGCCGGUCCAGCAGCAGCAGCAGCAACAACAGCAGCCGCAGCAACAGCAGGAAGUCGCCAAAGAGGUGAAGGAGCGCUCCAACGACUCCUCCGAGGAGAAGUCCGCCGAGGACAGCAAGGAGAUCAAGAGCAGCGAGGAGGACAAGUCUUCCGAGGAGCAGAAGGACGCCAAGCCCAAGCUGGGGGAACUGCUCCCGAAACCCGAGCAGUAAAUUUCGGCGAGGGGAGGUUUUGAUUGAUGAGUAAAACCUCAGCGACGCGGCAGCAACAGCAGCAGCAGCAUCAUCUCGAGGAGGAGAAGGAGAAAGAGGAGGACUGCUCCUCUUAAGGAUCGGGACGAGCUCAGGCAUCCACGUCUCUGGCAUCACCGGGACGCGGGCGCGAGUUCGUCGCGAGACGAACAGGAGCGGAAGCGAGAGAAAGAGUGUGCAUGUGCGCGUAUGUGCGUGUGUAUGUUUGUGAAAGAGCAAGAAUGCGCGAAUGCCAGAGUAUAAAAAAAGCACUCUCAGCGACGAAUCCAGAAAGUGUGAAAGUACCGCACAGUGUGAAUGGGAGAGAGAAAGAGAGAGAGAGAGAGAGAGAGAGAGAGAAAGAAAGAGAAAAAAAUAAAGAGAGAAAGAGGGCGAGAGAGAAAGAGAGAAAGAGAGAGAGCGCGAAAGAGCGAUCCCAUCGACCCCAUCGAUCUUUCUAAAUAUAGGAUAGGGUUGUCCGAUCUUCGACGGCGCACUACGAUCUCCGGUAGCGCAUCUCCGCGGGAGCGCGGGGACUUGUCGCGUGUGUUACCCGGACGCCGGCGACACGGGCGAACGACACCGCGUGUCGAUCGUACUUCCUCGAUACGCGGCGAUUCGACACGCCCGCGAUCCGGCGGACGGCGGACGAAGAACAACACGCGGCCGGUCCGUCACCACGGGAUGCGGCUCGGCCUGGCUCCGAGCGGCGUUCCCGUUCGUCCCGGCGGACAUCGCGAUCUGUCCACGGGGACGAACUCUGCUCCUGCUCCCUCCCUACUACCCGUCCCCCACAACCGAUAUCUUUCAUCCCCUUUAUGAAACUCAUCCUACACCCCCCGUGUCCCAUUCAAGACACGUCACUGCUACACCCGAUAAACUCAUCCCGAUAAACUAUAUAUAGUAAGUAGCUCGACUCUCUCUGUCUUCUUUUUAGAUAUACAUGUGUCAUUAUUAUUAUUAUUAUUACGAUUUAGUACCAGUACCACUAUUAUUAUUAAUAUUAUUAUUUGUAUUAUUGCUAUCAUCAUCGUUAUAAUAAUAAUUAUUAUUAUUACUGUGAAUCCCCGACGGCUUCGUAUUACUAUCAAUCGCCCAUCGAACCCGCAAAUUUCGAAUUUCAUCGUUCAGGAUUUAAUAAUAACAUAUACAGAAGCGCCGAGCAUAAGAAUAUUAUAUAUGCUAAUAUAAAUAAUGAUAUUCUACUUGGUUUUUAAACGGAAAUAUUUUUCAAACGAUAUGAAGCGAGAAUAGACUUCUGAGAUCCGUACGUAAUUUUCUUUCAAUACGUAAUAUUUUCUGACACAUUUACCAAUACAUGUGUAAAAUUUCACGCUGCUCGUCUUUUCAAAGUUCCAGAUUGUAGUCGAUGUACAUCGUUUUCGAGUUGUAGCGUGAAGCGCAGUUUCGCUCGGCGAGCGUUACGAUCGCACGAAGCAGUUGUUGAGAAUUUUCAAGAUGCUCGGAAAACGAAUGCGCUCGGCGAAUAAUCACAUUCGUGAAAAGAAAGGAACGGACGCGGGAGGGGACACGACAGGCAUAUCAUCGCUGCGUGAAUUGCUCGCUGAUAAAAGUAAGCGCAUUUUUGCAGAGGUUCGUGCGAUGGCAUUAGGUAUUAUUGCGAUAAGCCGCGAUUUGUCAGUCGCAACGUCGCGAUUCAGCGUCGCAGAAACGAUCGAGGAUCAACACCGCGGUAGUAAUAAGUUAAACGAGUGACUCACGAAGUAGCACUUUAGCCGUUCCCGGCAGUGUGCACAUAGAGUACGGAGUACGGUUACAUAGAGUACGUACACACGUACGUGCCGUGUCAGAUACGAUAAUCGGGGGCUUCCGCCAGCCCGAUAAACAUCUUCGCACUUCUCUAACACGAAAUAACAAGGCACAACGAGCGCGCACCGGCAGCAAAUUGAGUAAAUGAUAAUACUCCCCCCUUAAUUUACGACCCUUAACCCUUUACCGUGUCCACUUUACCCACAAAUCGUUUACGUUACGCAAUAAGAUCAAAUGAAACGUGCGUCUCGCAGCAUUUCAGAAUCGCAGACGUUUCAUCGAAAAUUCUAUUCCGCUAAGAUACCGGGAUUUAUUUUGCUGUUGUAUAAUACAUUUGCGAAAGAAUUAUUAAUUACAUCUAAUUACGUAUAGAAUUAUUAAUUACAGGAAGCAUUUAUUGAUUAUCUUAGGCAAAUUUUGAUUGAUAGUAUAAAAACAUCUGGCUUUCUUUCAAAUAAAUAAAGAAAUUAUAUUA